CUCUGCAUUUUCGGGCCGCCGACGCAGGGCUGGGUUUCCAUUUUCAGAGCGAGUUACGGGGGGGAUCGUCAACAUGGAGCCGGAGAUGGAGGACAAAACGUUGGAAUUGAUGAACAUGACAGGGAUGGACUCGCAGAACCUCGUUGACGAUCUGUCGCCAAAGAAGAACACAGUUCUCAAGCUUACUAAUGGUCCUGUUGUGGGGUCCCGCAAGCGCCCGUCAGAGGGGAACUACGAGAAGGAGAAGGAACACUGCAUCGCCCUGUUUGACCAGUGGUCGGAGGCCGACCAGGUGGAGUUUGUCGAGCGCCUGAUCUCCCGUAUGUGCCACUACCAGCACGGCCACAUCAACUCCUACCUCAAACCCAUGCUGCAGAGGGACUUCAUCACUGCGCUGCCAGCCCAAGGCUUGGAUCACAUAGCGGAGAACAUCCUGUCUUUCCUGGACGCACGCUCGCUGUGCUCGGCAGAGCUGGUGUGUAAGGAGUGGCAGAGGGUUAUCUCUGAGGGCAUGUUGUGGAAGAAGCUCAUCGAACGCAUGGUCCGCACUGACCCACUCUGGAAAGGCCUGUCUGAGAGACACCAGUGGGAGAAAUAUUUGUUCAAGAACCGCACGGCAGAAGUCCCACCCAACUCUUACUAUCACUCCCUUUAUCCCAAGAUCAUCCAAGACAUAGAGACUAUUGAGGCCAAUUGGCGAUGUGGCAGACACAACUUGCAGAGGAUUCAGUGUCGCUCAGAAAAUAGUAAAGGGGUUUACUGUCUCCAGUACGACGAUGACAAGAUCAUCAGUGGCCUUAGGGACAAUUCCAUCAAGAUCUGGGAUAAGCAGUCUCUGGAGUGUCUGAAGAUCCUGACCGGUCACACAGGAUCAGUGUUGUGUCUUCAGUAUGAUGAGAGGGUCAUCGUCACCGGGUCCUCCGACUCAACUGUCAGGGUGUGGGAGGUGACCACAGGGGAGGUACUGAACACACUCAUCCACCACAACGAGGCAGUUCUUCAUCUACGCUUCGCCAAUGGACUGAUGGUCACAUGCUCCAAGGACCGCUCAAUUGCUGUCUGGGACAUGGCCUCUCCUACUGACAUCAGUCUACGUCGUGUCCUUGUGGGACACCGGGCUGCGGUCAAUGUGGUCGAUUUUGAUGACAAAUACAUUGUGUCCGCCUCAGGGGACCGUACCAUAAAGGUAUGGAGCACCAGCACCUGUGAGUUUGUGCGCACACUAAACGGUCACAAGAGGGGCAUUGCCUGUCUACAGUACAGAGAUCGCCUGGUGGUCAGCGGCUCAUCUGACAACACAAUUCGGUUAUGGGACAUCGAGUGCGGGGCAUGUUUGCGAGUGCUGGAAGGUCACGAAGAGCUGGUGCGUUGCAUUCGCUUUGACAAUAAAAGAAUUGUCAGUGGUGCCUACGACGGCAAGAUCAAGGUGUGGGACCUGCAGGCAGCCCUGGACCCGAGAGCCCCAGCCAGCACAUUAUGUCUGCGCACUCUAGUGGAGCACUCUGGACGCGUGUUUCGUCUGCAGUUUGAUGAGUUUCAGAUCAUCAGCAGUUCUCACGACGACACCAUUCUGAUCUGGGACUUCCUGAACGUCUCGACCAAUGGCCAGUCAGAGGGGCGGUCUCCCUCCCGCACCUACACUUACAUUUCUAGAUAGCAGGUGGCGCCAUCCACCGCACCCGUUCUCGGAGGAGCCCAGGGCUGAUUGGCUGAUCGGUGCGUCCGUCAUGGAAAAGAGCCCAUCUCUUCUCCUUCCUCCUCGUCAUCUCUCUGUCCGACUCCCCCCCCCCCUGCCGUCGCCACAUCCACCUCCUCGCCUGUUCAGAUGGGCCUUGAGCUUGUUCCCAUCGCCUGCCAGUACUGUGACAUGCGCGCACACACACCGGUCAACACCGGUAAGGAUUCCCUACUACAGAACCAACUCAACUCUCCAAAGAAGUUCAUCUUGUACUACUAAUUUAUGUUUUGUAAAGUACACUAAUGACAGUAUUAACUUAGACCUUAUAUAAGUCACACGCUCCCUUUUUGUCCCCUUGAUACAAACUUAAAGCAGCUUUUGCUCCUUAUAUAUGUAUGUGGGUGUAUGUGUGUGUGUGUAGAAUAUAUUUCUAUCUAUAUUUUACACGCACAUAAACACGCAUACAGUGGCACAGUUGGACAGAGGAUGACUGGAGCUGUGAUGCGGGAGACAGAGACUCUUUACUCAGCUCUAGGAAACGAGGGAAGGAUGGAAGAUGGAGGGAGUGAACGAGGGAGGAAUGAGUCGGGAUGACUUCCCUGCUCCCUCUCACUCCCUCACGCUCCUCCCUGUCUCUCCCCAGCCCCUCCCCCCCAGCCCUAAUCCCCAGAGAUGCACACUCGCUUGGAGUAUGGGGGCGCACACACUCAAGUUUGUGAGUGUGUGUUUGUGUAUGUGGACUUGUGAAACGGCAGAACGAGCAGAAGCGUCAAACAGACAGACAUGCAUGUGAGGUUGCCGUGGAUACAGCAUCCUGGUAGACCUCUGCUUUUUUUUCUCUUUAACUCUUACUUUCUUACUGUUUUUUAUUACUGUUAUUUUCUCAUUUUAUUUGCGUAUUUUGGUUCUUAGUACAAAAAUCAUACUAAGCGUAGUCCUCUUUCUAUUUCCCCCCUCUUUCUCUCUCUCACUGCCUUUUCCUCAUUCUUUCUUCUAACUUCGACCCAUGUUCAUCUGUCCCUUUCACUCCAUCUUUCUCUCCCCAUCAUCUACGUGCUUGCUUUGGUUAUGAGAGAAGCUGGAACUCAAGAGCUCAAAUUUAGCUGUAAACGGAGUUGUCUUGUCAAAGAUUGUGUUGUAUAUUAAAAAUGAUUUUUUAAAGAAGAAAAUGACCUUAUUGUGAAUAAAGUACUUGACAGUGGUGGAGUGUUGAGCCAACUGUAACAUGAA